UUUAUUAUUUAAUAAUCAGGGAUAUCAUUUUUAAGAUGUUGAAGUUCAAUGGGUUAGUAAUUUGGAGGUUAGGAUCCCGAGCAAUAAUAAGGAAAUAUUCCAGCCCUAGUGCUACAGUGUUCAAAACGGAAAAAAUUGAUGCCUCAAAAAGCAUCUCUGAUAAAAACAUUACUAGCCCAGAAACAAACGGCAAAGAUAAUACAACAGGUUUAGUAGCAGCUGCAUUUGCUUCUAUAAACUCUCCUGAGAGUGAGGACAGCAGGAAACCAAGUCCAAAAUCGGUGAAGCUGAAUCGUCACCAGAUAUUAGACAAUGAAAUUGCUAAAGCAAAUGAUGUCAACAGUUUACUGGUGGUUGCUGAGAACCCUAUAGUUUCUAGACGACAUGCAUUAAAGAUGGUGUCAACCCUAUCAGAAUGGUCUAACAGUAAUAAAGUGAAAAUGAGUGACUUUGAAAAAGAUCCACGGUUUCUAAAGUUGUGCAGGAUUCUCGCUCGGUCUACAUCAUCACAAGCUUUAAGUUCAUUGACCAUGGCAGAGGACUUAAGUACAGUGUUGGGUAUUACAGGAGAUGAUGAAGCUGCUAGAUUGAUUGGAAAUUUAUCAUUGACACAAAUGAUUAAGGUAAUGAAGGCAUUACAUUCAAAGGGUCGUCGCAGCACUCCCUUACUCCGCGCCCUCUCUCACAAUAUCACAAAUCAAUCGGUGCAAUUGGACCUAAAGAAAUCUGCUGAUUUAUUAUUUGCGAUGGCAUCACUGAAUUUCCCCGACCCUGUACUAAUGGAUAGGAUAUGCAAUGACGUAAUAAGCAACCUGAAAUCCAACGAAGACAAGCCCGCGGUGGUGACAUCCAUAAUGGUGUCAUUAGGCUUGAUGCGGUACAGGCAUGAGGCUGCUCUCACCGCACUGGCAGAGUGGCUGCAGACUCACAAAGAUGUCUGCAGAGCAAGUGAUGUGGCAUCUGCGGUGGUCACAUUUGGUACUGUGGACUUUGUACCACCCAUGUGUGAUGGAUUGAUGGAGAAUGCAUUAUUAUUGAAAGAAGAGGAGAUGGUGAAGCCAUCUUCAUGGCUGGACUUUGUAUUCUCUCUGCUGACGCUGAGUCAGGCGCGAGAGGAUCAUCUGCUGUCCACUGUCAGGCCGGAGUUUAUUGACAAGUUGCUUUCUUCUGGUGAGAUUCCAAUCCCAGCUCGUCGUAAACUGAUGGCUAUAGAUGCGUACGUAAGCCUCAAAUUCCCGCAGCAGGGAUUGCGACUCGCUGAAGACAUAUCUGUGGGAGUGCCCAUCGUCUAUACAAAGGAAAAGGCACUCUAUAUACAGAGUAUUAUGGAUACAUUUAAAAGUUUGGUCUCAGCUGAUGCCUUUAUGAAGAGAGAGUGUUAUUCCGGUAUGGGAUUUUUGUAUGAUGCGGAAUUUGCUCUAAACUCGAAAUGUCAUCCUGUUCCGUUAGAAAAAGCAGUAAAUAAUACAAGCGUCCACAGGAUAGCAGUGUUAGGUCUAGACUAUCAUGAUAUGACUCGACGGACAGUUGUGCCGCUCGGAGUCAAUCAGCUCUACACCAAGUUAUUGGAGAUGAAGGGUUUCAAAGUUCUUCAAAUACCGUACACGGAGUUCAAUCCUAAAGACAAGUUGGUGACAAGAGUGCAGUAUAUAGAGAAACGGUUGAAACAGAUCGUCAGUGAUGCUUUAUAGUGUAUCCUUGUCUAAUAAUAUACAAAAUACAGUCCAACCUUGAUAAGCGAGAAACCUCUGUUAGCGAGAGUCAUUUUUCGGUCACGGACGACCUCCAUUAGCGAGAGACUCGAGUAAGAGAUGCCUCUAUAAGCGAGAAACUCGAAUAAGAGAUGCCUCUAAAAGCGAGAAACUCGAAUAAGAGAUACCUCUAUAAGCGAGAAACUCGAAUAAGAGAUACCUCUAAAAGCGAGAAUCUCGAAUAAGAGAUGCCUCUAAAAGCGAGAAACUCAAGUAAGAGAUGCCUCUAAAAGCGAGAAACUUGAGUAAGAGAUACCUCCAUAAGCGAGAAAAAUAUCGCGAUCCCUUGAUCUCGCUUAUCCAGGUUCGACUGUUUAGAUCAUUUUGUUCGCUAUUGUGAUGUCCGUUAGGUUAAUUUUACAAUGACAUACAUAACAAGAAAGUAACUUUGUGGGGUAGGCAGAGAUUAUAAUAACUCGCCCGUAGGUGGGUAGGCAAAUUACUUCCAUUUGACGCAUACACCUUAAAGCGAUGAAUACAUCGUUUAUUGUUGAAAAUAAUUAACGUUGUAACGUAAUUUUGUAACUGAUUUUAUUAUCACCAAAAUACUUUUGAAAUUGCUUAAUUUUAGAUUUUCUAUAACAACGAGCUAUAUGCCUAGAUAGUAUCGUAUCAAGUCCCUUUGUAAGUUACAUGAAACUUGCUUAAGUCAAAAAUACCUU